CUUCCAAACGGUGAGGGGAUUCAACCCCCAGCCUCUGAGGCAGAACCCGGUUGUCGCUUUGGCUGAAACCAGCGCAUUCUGCCACAUGACGUAGUCUCCGUUUCUCCAAUGGAGGGGCUUGAGGUUUAGCGACCUUGCCUCCCUGAUUGGUCCAAGGACGGCUUCUCACCCCGCCCCUGCCAUUCUCUAAUAGGUCGCAAACCACAUAUCCCGCUCCUCCCCUCGCUUGCCAGUCGAGGAGCACCCUGGCACUCAAGCUGCAGAGCCCGCCUCUUUUUAGCUUUUAAUUGGCCGGGCGUUGAGGCCGCCUGUUUCCUUUUGUACCCACUGGCCCUUUGCCAUGCCAGUCACCCGGAGCCCCUAAGCGAUUGGUCCUCCGAGGAGAGGUCGGAGGGCAACGGGUUGUAGUCCCGCCUCGCGUUCCCAGCGUGCAGCGCGGACGUGUGUCUGUGAGUGUGUGGUGAGGGAGACGGGCAGAGUGCUCGGCCUGCAUCCCGUGUUGAGCCUUCGGUGCCCCGCUCCGUCUCCGCCGCCAUGUCGGACUAUAACGCCGGCGGGCCGCCGCCGCCCUCAGCUGGGCCGCCGGGCGCCGGUGGGGGAGCCGGGCCGCCCAACCAAGGGGGCGCCGGCGGGGCCGGCCAGGCCGGUGGAGCGGCGGGUCCCGGACCUGGCGGGAUCCGCAAGGACGCCUUCGCCGACGCGGUCCAGCGCGCCCGGCAGGUGAGGGAGCUGAAGCGGGCGGGGGAGGGCGGCCCGGCGGCGAGGGAGCGGGCAGCAGCGGGGCAUCUCUCGCCUCCCUCCCUAUCCUCACGGCAGGCCCCGGGGAUGGCGAUGCUGGAGAGCGACUCUCCACAUGCAGCGGGGCUUGAGGAAGGACAGUCCUGAGGCAACGGAGCUCUCUCGGCUGUACCACUUCAGGUUAAAAGCGCGCGCGAGGAGUGGGGGGGGGGAUCAGUCCCUGCACGCAGAAAGGUAGCUGCACAGUUCUCUCUGGCACGUGCAGGACGCGUGGAGAUGGUUCCCUCUUCUCUAAGGCGCGCUCAGGUGGAAUGGCAGCGGGAUGGAUUUUACCCACAAGCGUUGCAUUGUUACUGUAGCACGCAUGGACCUUGAUUGAGAUUUCAGACGAGCUGUUUGAGGCGUGUUUUGACAUGAUGGGCUUCUUCAGCUAAGGAGAGGUUGGGUGGCCAUCUGGCAUGUAUGAUCUAGUUGAGAUUCCUGGGCCCUUUUAAAAUGUAUUUUUUUUGGGGGGGGGUUGAUUUAUUGGCUUGUUUAUUUUGAUUGAGUACUUUGUGGUUUUAUACUCUGAUUUUAUCCUGUGAACCGUCCUGAGAUCUGUGGGUGUAGAGCGGCAUAUAAAUUCAAUAAAUAAUAAAAUAGAAAUAACUACAAUUCUGAUACUAUGAUGCAGUCAAAUUUAAUUCACGUUAAAAACUUUUCUGGUCCCAGAAAUCUCUGGAAAGAGCUGUACCAUAUCUCCUUCUGUAAUGUUCAUAUUUUCUGCAUACAGGUAGUUUGUGGGUGCUUGAAAGCAGUAUGAAAAUGAAAUGAAAACUUGAUGCUCUGUGGAAGACAGAGUAGUAAGGUUGAAUAAGGAUAGAGCUUGCUGAUAUGUAUUUACAAAUAGUUAAGGCUUAAUUUAAAGCAAGGCUCCACUCUCAACACAAUGUCUACCAUUAAGAAGCAGGAACUAGUCUCUGUUUGGGUUUAGAUUUCGGAUGAAGGUUUCCAGUUCGGAGGGGAGUGUUUCUGCGAUAGUUUCUGUGCAUCUUGUCUUAUGAAUAAAGUUUGGUAAGUAGGGUAAAAGGUUGCUCAGAAUGGAUAGUUUAGCUAUUUGCCCAUACUUUUUUAUCCCGUUACUAUCUUCCAAGUUGCUCGGGUGUUGGGAAUAUCUCAUUAUCUUUAAAGUCCUGUGGGGGAAGGUUACCCUCAGACCAAACAUUCUCUUGCUACUUAUCUGGGGAGCCUCAUGGCUAUAUAGGGUUUGAACUCAGUCCCCUUUUCUAAUAUCUCGUUUCCCUAUGAGAUUUUUUUGUUUUGUUUAUCAUGCAUGCAGUUUGGAGAUAUGAAGCUGCUAAGCAAAUCUGAGGUUGCUGCACACAGUAUUUGAUUUAUUAUUCUGAAAUGACUUGUAAGCAGCGCAUAGGAGAGAGAUUUCCUUUUAGAAGCAUCCUGUAGGGAAGGGCUAUGUAAAUAGGAAAUUUGGGUUUCUUUUGUUUCGAUCCUGAAACUUUCUUUGGUAUGAAAAAACACCAUUCAGUUUUAAAAUGAAAAAUCAGCUACCUGAAAUGUAAUGGCACCACUUCUUUUAAGCAUUCCAUCAUAGAGUGUCUUAUCAUCAUUAGCUAGUGAGCUGUUCUACAUUUCAGCAGUGUUUUCUUAGAAAUCAAAGUAUUCAAGAAGACACUGAAUUUCCUCAAGUUGAAAACUGAUUAGGCCCUGGUAUGAUUUUCAUGCCGUGAACUAUUUAUUUGUCACCGUUGGAACACAUUACAGAGUGGAAAAGGCCUGAAAUAGUUUUGUUCAUCAAAUUUGUUGCACUUGUCCAUGACAGGGGGGCGGGGGAAGUUUGUCUAAAAGUAGGAUUUCUAUACCGCCCUUCAUCUGAGGAUCACAGGGCAGUUUACAGUAUAAAAACGCAAAAAUAUGUAACAUAAUAACAAAACAAUAAACCACUCCCUAGCGCACCAGCAGCCACCCUGUCAGGCCUAUUGGAGGCGGUGGCCAGCUGGGCCUUGGAGUUCCCUAACCUAUUGGUAUUGGGGGACUUCAACAUCCAUGCUGAUGCCACUCCCUCCUCACAGGCUCUCGACCUGGUGUCUUCCAUGGCGACACUAGGGCUAUCCCAGUUUGUUUCGGGCCCCACACAUCAAGCAGGCCACACACUGGAUUUGAUCUUUGGCAUAGGUAUAGAUGUGAUCAUGUCUUCUUCAAUGAAGGUGCCAUGGUCUGAUCACUAUUCUCUGAAAGCCAGGAUUGACUUUCCACCCCCACCCUACUUAGGUGGUGAGCCGAUUUGGGCUCGCCCGCAGAGGCUGAUGGACCCUGAGAGAUUCCGCCAAGCCUUGCGGGACCUUGCUCCCCCUGGCGACUCGUUGACUGAGCUUGUUGAGGGCUGGAAUAUCCAGCUCCUGGCAGCCAUCGAUGAGAUCGCACCUAAGCGCCCUCUGCGACCCCGCAGAAACCGGGCUCCCUGGUUUACCGAGGAGCUCCGGAAAAUGAAGUGGGACCUCAGACGGCUAGAGCGAGUAAGGCGGGGUGCCCGUGACGGAACCUCAAGAACAUCUUAUAGGGCUUUUAUGAAAACUUACAAGAUGGCGGUGAAGGCUGCUAAGAAGUCUUACUUCUCGGCCUCCAUUGCAUCCGCUAGCUCUCGCCCGGCACAAUUAUUUAGUAUAAUCAGGUCUUUAACGUCCCUUGAGGGACAGCCAAAUUUAAAUAACAAUUUGACACACAGCUGUGAGGCAUUUGCGAGCUUUUUUGCGGAGAAGGUCUUGUUGCUCCGCCAUGACCUCCCUGCCAAUUUGGAUACAAUAAAGGAACUGGAGGCCGCUUGACUGUCCUUGGGUCUAGUAUUGGACCACUUCGACCGGAUAUCCCCAGCUGAUGUGGACAGACUCCUCCGAGCUGGAAAGCCCACCACCUGUCCUCUCGACCCGUGCCCGUCUUGGCUGAUUAGAGCGUGUCCAGACGAGGUGUGGGCCCUCCUGGGGGAUAUCAUCAAUUUGUCCCUUGGCACGGGGACAUUCCCAGGGGAACUGAAGGAGGCAGUGGUGUGCCCGCUCUUAAAGAAAACAUCAUUAGAUCCUUUAAAUCUAUCCAAUUACCGCCCGGUUUCGAAUCUUCCGUUCCUGGGUAAGGUGAUUGAGAGAGCGGUUGCUGAACAGCUUGGUGGGUUUCUGAAUGAAACGACAGCUCUGGUUGCCCUAACAGAUGAUCUUCGUAGACAGCUGGAUCGAGGCGGGUCGGGGCUGCUGAUUCUUUUAGAUCUGUCAGCAGCUUUCGACAUGGUCGAUCAUGAACUCCUGGACCACCGCCUUGCCGACGUGGGGAUCCAGGGCACAGUCCUUCAAUGGCUGCGCUCGUUUCUCUCUGGUCGGGGACAGAGGGUGGCGCUUGGGGGGGAAUUGUCAUCGCGCCACUCCUUGGUGUGUGGAGUACCUCAGGGUGCGAUACUCUCCCCGAUGCUUUUCAACAUCUUUAUGCGCCCCCUCGCCCAGCUUGUCCGGAGUUUUGGGCUGGGUUGCCAUCAGUAUGCCGAUGACACCCAACUCUUAUCUGUUGAUGGAUGGCCAUCCUGACUCGGCCCCAGUCACACUGACCAGAUAUUUGGAAGCUGUGGCUGGAUGGUUACGUGGGAGCCGGUUGAAGCUAAAUCCUUCGAAGACAGAGGUCCUGUGGCUGGGACGGGACGAUAUGGGAUUGGGGGGGGGCAACUCCCAUCUCUUGCGGGGGCGCAAUAAGUGCCAGCACCGUCCGUUAAGAGUUUGGGUGUAAUCUUCGACACCUCCCUUUCCAUGGAGGCGCAGAUUGCAGCUAUAACAAAGGCGGCAUUUUUCCAUCUCCGCCAAGCUAAGCAGUUGGCUCCUUACCUCUCUCGCCCUGACCUAGCCACUGUGAUCCACACGACGGUCACCUUCAGACUGGAUUAUUGUAACUUGCUCUACGUGGGGCUGCCCUUGAGACUGACCCAGAAACUCCAGCGGGUGCAGAAUGCUGCAGCGAGACUCCUUACGGGGUCUUCGCUGCGAGAUCACAUUCACCCGGUGCUAUACCAGCUGCACUGGCUCCCGGUGGAGUACAGGAUCAAGUUUAAGGUGCUGGUUUUAACCUUUAAAGCCCUAUACGGCCUAGGACCCUCGUACCUACGGGACUGCCUCUCCUGGUAUGCCACACAGAGAAACUUACGGUCUUCAAAUAAAAACAUCUUGAAGGUCCCAGGCCACAGAGAAGUUAGGCUGGCCUCAACUAGAGCCAGGGCUUUUUCGGCUGUGGCUCCGAUCUGGUGGAACACUCUGUCAUAAGAGACUAGGGCCCUGCCGGACUUGACAUCUUUCCGCAGGGCCUGCAAGACAGAGCUGUUCCACUAGGCCUUUGGCCAGGGCACAGCCUGACUCCCUCCCUUGGCAAUCUUCGCGGAGCUCUGGCCCAAUGGUUGCCAGUGGCUUGAUACGAAUUAAUUUUAUAAUGAAUGAUUUUAGAGUGUUGUUUGUGCUGUACUUUUGUAUUGUUUUAUUGUUGUUAGCCGCCCUGAGCCCGGCUUCGGCUGGGGAGGGCGGGAUAUAAAUAAAAUUUAUUAUUAUUAUUAAUGGAGGAAGCACAUGAAGAAGGGACUCAGGUGAUGAUUGCAGCGUCCCGGUCUAUACAUAUGCGGAGAGGCAGUCCUUGAGAUAUUGUGGUCCUGAGCCAUUUAGGACUAUACAUCAAAACCAACAUUUUGAACUGGGCCUGGAAACUAAUUGGUAGCCAGCGCAGUCGAGCCAGGAUUGGUGUGAUAUGCUCAAACUGCCUUGCCUUGGUGAGCAACCUUGCUGCUGAAUUCUGCACCACCUGAAGGUUCUGAACCUCUUCAGAGGCAGACCCUUGUACAAUGUGUUGCAGUAAUCUAACCUAGAGGUUACUAAAAAGGUAAAGGACACCUGACAGCUAAGUGCAGUUGUGAAUAUGACUCUUGGGUUGCAGCGCUCGUCUCACUUUACUGGCUGAGGGAGCCAGCGUUUGUCCGCAGACAGUUUUUUCAGGUCAUGUGGACAGCAUAACUAAGACGCUUCUGGUGAAACCAGAGCAGCGCACGAAAACACCGUUUACUUUCCCACCGGAGCAGUACCUAUUUAUCUACUUGCAGCACUUUGACGUGCUUUCAAACUGCUAGGUUGGCAGGAGCUGGGACCAAGCAACAGGAGCUCACCCCGUCACGGGGAUUCGAACCGCCGACAUUCCGAUCGGCAAGCCCUAGGCUCAGUGGUUUAGACCAGAGCGCCACCCAUGUCCCUUAGAGGUUACUAGGGCUGGGCAAUAUAUUGAUAUAGUGCCUGAAACCAGUUUGAAAUCUGUAUCAUGAUAUCACUUUCAUCAUUUUUGACCUGGCAAUAUAUCACAAAUCGUGUAUGUGUGCUGUGCAAAAAUCACAAUGUGGGAAAAACCAUGAAGCCAGCCAAUGCCUCUACAUACCUCCGUCCUUAAUUCAUAUAGAGUGAUACAUCAGUAUAUAGUGAUGUUUAGCUGGUUGAAAACCAGAUAUCGCCCAGCCUUAGAGGUUACCAGAACAUAGUGUCCAGAUCGGGGCAACAGCUGGGCACAGCCAGAGCUGAUGGAAGGAACUCCAUGCCACAAAGACCACCUGAGCCUCAAGCAACAGCAAUGGAUGCAGAAGUACCCCCAAGCUAUGUACCAGGUCCUUCAGAGGGAGCGUAACCCUAUCAAAAGCAGGCCACCUCUCAGCCAUCUGUUCUAGGGAACCGCCCACUAACAGUGCCUCAGUCUUACCUGGACUGAGCUCCAGUUUGUUGGCCCUCAUCCAGCCCAUUACUGAGGCUAGAUAACUGUCCAGCGCAUCCACUGCCACAGCUGCACAUGUAAAUGAGAAGUAGAGCUGUGUGUCAUAGAUUUGACCAUUGAACAUAUUUUUCAAGCAAUUUUUAAGCAUUCAUUCUGCUUUUUAUGAUCUAUUUUUCUUGGAAAAUUCUCUGUUCUCCUAAAGGAAACAUGAAUUUAAAGGGUUUGACACUUCUAUGUAGCUAGAACUUGUGUGUCAAGGAGAAAAGGUCUUAUUUUUAGGAAGUCGUGCAGGGAUAACAUAUACUAGUAUAAAUCUCUUAUGGCUAUGAGCCAUAUAUUUGCCUGCUUUUGUUGAAGUGAGAGACAUUGACCAUCACAGAUGCCUUUCUGCUGCCUCCAGCAUUCCCUUAUUCUGAAUAGGAUUCCUCGCAAGAAAAGGGAAAAGUUGACAGAUAUGGCCUCCAGUGAUUGAAUAAAAGACUUGCUCACCAGGUCCUGACAUAGCACUGAUAGUUCUAUUCUAUACUGUGAUGUUUUGGUGUUUAUUUUAGAUAUUCCCUGAUACAAAUUCAGGGGAAAUUAAUUUUUGUAUUACAGUACUUUUGCAACUGGCUUGAUGAAAUUCAAAUUCUCAGAACCUUGGGGGUUUUUAUAAAAAAAAUGAACAUUCACUAUAUUGAUUGAUGAGGUCCAGUAAGUAUACUUUUACAUAACCAGGAAACCCUUACCUGGUUUGCACUUCAAUCUAAGCCCAGCAAACCCAUCGCUUAGCACAACCAUUUUACUCCUACUUUGUUGUUUUUGUGGCUGCAAAACAAAAUAAACCUGGAUUUCUUGUUUAGAAUCAAUGUUUCCCUUCCACUUUUUUCCCCCGCUGCUGGGACAUUUAUUGUCAGAUUUGAUGGGUGGAUUUGUUUGUUCCUGCUAAUCAACAGAAUCACUGCAACCCUUUCCUUACAGUAUCAGUUUUGAAGUUUUAAGUAGGCUGCUGACUUCCUUGUUUCAGAUUCUUUGCCCUCUGGAUACCCUUUGUUCAGUCAACUCAUUUCUACAGCUAGUCCAUCUUAGCAAUGUGACACAGUUUUUGUCUUCUGAGCCCUGUGUUAGUAGUAUUGGGCUUGCUGUAGUUCAGAUUAGAUAAAAUUGAUAGUUUGGCUUUUUAAAUUUUAAAUUCUCUGUUUCUUUUAAAUAACUAUGUUAAUAUGAAGUCUGUGUAUAAGCAUUCUAGUCCUACAGUUACCUGUAAUUCCUCCUUCCCAUAGAUUCAGCUGGUUAAGACAAUUCUGCUAAACCUUGAAUAGCCAUCCAAACCCAGCACUCCUGUGAUCCUUGCUUAUUUUUCUGGUUUGUUAACCAGCACUAGAAUUCCCUGGUUCUUGCCUAAUACAAAACAAGAUCUUCACUCUGAAACUGGAGUGCAAUAGAGGGCAAGGUAAAAUUGUUUUAAGUGAUUGUCCAAAUCAGGUCAUUCACCAAGUUCUAAAAUUUGUGACACUUACCUUUGUAAUGUCAAUAAAAUUGACCAUUUUUGAUACAGCAAAAUCUCUCCUUCACUUGUUAUUUCUUAUAUUUUAUUCAUAUACUUUUUCUUGGUUUUUCUUCAUCUUUAUGAAAAUGACAACUUCUAUACUUGUUCAUUUUCACAAUUGACACCUGCAGUCAAAACUUACAGGUUCUUUCUGCAAUUCAAGCACUUUUUACAAAAUUAAAAUAGUUUUUAUAUUUCAAAUCAGUAGUGUUCCCUUCCACUUUAGCCCAAUUAUAUUGAGCUAAAAACAGUUUCCUGGUCCUCUUUGCAAUUUUAAGCCCCAGGUUUCUGUUGAAAUUAUUACUGUGUCCAUCUGUCUCCUAAUUUAAUAUUAUAGCUUUAUUGCAUACAUUCUAGAUAGCAAACCUUUAUUUUUACUGAAUAGUCAUUCCUCAAAGACUUGUUGUUCUAGCCAUUCUUUUACCAGCAUGUUGUUGCACUGAAAACUUUAAUACUGUCUGUUAAGUUAUUUAUAAAAAGGAACCCUUCCAUUCCACAUCUUCAGAUGCUGAAGGCAUAAGAAAUAAAGUGUUUUGUAGUCAUUUUUCUUUAUAAUUGAUUACCUUAUGUUUUCUUUAAUAAAUAUUAUCUACCUAUACUUUCCUUUAAAGUAAAAUUAAACCCAAUACUUUCUUGAACCACUGUUUAUAAAGUCAGCUAAUAAGCCUAUAUUAGCCACUAAUUAGUCCUAUGUCUCUUGAUAAACUAAAAAUAAAGCUCCAAGUAACAUCUAGCAUGUCCUUCCACACUUUCUGUCCACUUGUUCAGUGAGGCUUGUGCCCAAGUAAACGUGUGUAAAAUUGCAACUUCAGCUUCUCUUAAUGACAUCUCCCUCAAAUGGUUGUUGUUGUUUAGUCGUUUAGUCGUGUCUGACUCUUCGUGACCCCAUGGACCAGAGCACGCCAGGCACUUCUGUCUUCCAUUGCCUCCCGCAGUUUGGUCAAACUCAUGCUGGUAGCUUCAAGAACACUGUCCAACCAUCUGGUCGUCUGUCAUCCCCUUCUCCUUGUGCCCUCCAUCUUUCCCAAUAUCAGGGUCUUUUCCAGGGAGUCUUCUCUUAUGAGGUGGCCAAAGUAUUGGAGCCUCAACUUCACGAUCUGUCCUUCCAGUGAGCACUCAGGGCUGAUUUCCUUAAGAAUGGAUAGGUUUGAUCUUCUUGCAGUCCAUGGGACUCUCAAGAGUCUCCUCCAGCACCAUAAUUCAAAAGCAUCAAUUCUUCGGCAAUCAGCCUUCUUUAAUGCCACCCAUAGUCAUGGUUUGAUUUCUAUGUUGUUUUUCCACAUACAAAAUGUAAACAACUGUUUCAAUAAUAUUUCACUUCAGUAGCAUGUUGAACAUUAAAUAAUAAGCUGGAAGUGUAUAGAGAUAAAUUAGCCAAGCCCUAAAAAAUAGCAGAAGUAAUACUAAAAUUGAGAUACGCAAAAAUACAUUUGCAGUACCCCCAGCCAAAAUGGAAGCAGCUCAAGUUAUCCUCAGAGCUUCUUCAUUUCAUCUUCCAAGUUGUGACCUCUUAAUCUCUGGACUUCCAUUUUAAAUGAAAACACACUUGCAGAUCUUCUUGAGAUCUGUGGUUUGUAUCCAGCAAACUCAUCUUGUUAAGUGCAAGGAUUUCAACCUGCACAUUUAGAUGACUUCUCCCCCUCCCCCAUCCCCAAGUGUUCUGAGGAUUCUUCUAACCUUCUGGAGCAGAUAUGGAGGGGUGGAAGAGAGGGGGAUGAAGCCCUGCUGUGCGGGUAGAAAUCUUUGUGCUAAAGGGAAGACUAUACCAGUUGCUAGCAUGCUAGCAAGCACAGGAAGGGAAAGUGCUUUGGUGCUCAGGUCCUGCUUACAGGUUUCCUAUGGACAUUUGGUUGACUACUGUGAGAACAGGAUGCUGGACUAGAUGGGUCAUUGGCCUGAUCCAGCGGGCUCUUAUAAAAACAUGCAACACAUGACUUCAUUCGAUAUGAUCCUCAAUCUGCUUUCUUAUCAAAUAUUCAUCCAAUUUCCAGAUCCUCUACUUCCUUUUUUAUUUCCAUUGAGUAACUAAUGAGAAGUGAUGAGCAAUCUGAAAAAGUCUUCAUUCCUGUUUUACAACUUUCUGAUACUACAUAACAAUGCUUUACAAUGUUUGAAUACAAAAAAAAAAAAUCAGUCCUCAAGUGUGGUUUAAAAUCAAUGGUGUAGACUUAUAUUUGGGGUUCAAACACCACCAAAACUUAGCUGAACUCAACUUUUCUAAGGUCUGUUCAGAGAGAUUUGGCAAAAUAUUGGAGGACUUAUUGAUUUUGGGACUUCUCUAACUUGGAAAUCCAUAGUGCAUUAAAGUCACUCACUGGAAUGAUUUAUAUUCUGAUAAAAAGCUAACAAUCAUGGUACCAAUCUUGUUUGGUUGUUGGGUAUAUAAAUAUGCACCUGCCCCUUCUCUGAAACCUCUCUCUUUGGUGACAUGAUUGUAUUAGUCAUGUCCUCCUGAUUGGUCCUAUUCUGUUUAAACUUCUCUUGACCUUCAAAUGCUUUCCAUCCACUUGCUCUUAUUUAGUAAGUUAACUCUUCUCCCUCUCCAUGGCCCUUGUUACCCCCUUUCUGCUCUCGUAUUCAUCCUUCAUAAACCCAAUCUAUGUUGCCACUCUCUGCCAUGAGAACUCUUUACUGUCAGGCAUCCACCUGUCUUCCCUCAAUACUUUCCCCUCAAUUCUUGUCUGUUACCUACUUGUCUGUUCCUCUUUAUUUGAUAUAAGUACAGUGGUGCCUCGCAAGACGAAAUUAAUUCGUUCCGCGAGUUUUUUCGUCUAGCGAAUUUUUCGUCUUGCGAAGCACGAAAUCCCAUAGGAAUGCAUUGAAAUUCAAUUAAUGCGUUCCUAUGGUCAAAAAAAGUCCAAUCAAAGCCAAAUUCGGUACAACAAGAGUUUAUUAACUGCUCUUUAAAGUCACACAUACUUUAAAGAGCAUAUCAAAAUUGAAGGAACAAUAAAUUAAGUUUCUAAACAUGACAGGAAAAACAUUUAAAAAUCAAAAAAGGGUACAUUACAUUUUCUAAGACUCUGGGGACCACUCGAAGAAGGUUCCUCUUCCACUCUUUGCUUCUUGCUGAGGAACCUGUCCAUGGUCUGCUGCUUCAUCCGCCGUUUCAGCAGCUCCCUGAGAGGCGACAUGACCGUCGUAUCAAAAAUGUUCGCUUGGUCAUGUGCCACGUGCUUGUCAGGGUGGUGCCGCUCUGCAAAAGCCUGCACCUCAUUCCACUUCUGGCAAAUGUCCCUCAGUUCUUUGGAGGACAGCCGUUCCUCAGUUGCUUCCUCCUCUUCCAGCGAGGCCUGCUCCUGCGCAACCUCUGACUGCAGUGCAACCAGCUCCUGGGUGGUCAGCUCGUCGUCGUGCUCCUCCACCAGCUCGCAAACGUCCUCCUCUGUGACCUCCAGGCCCAAGGUCCUCCCCAAGGCAACAAUGUCCUGCACCACUGUCGACUCUGGUGCAUCAGAGUCACUUGGUGCCACACAGUCCGGCCACAGGCUGCGCCAGCGCAAUUCAAAUUCCUCUGGCUGAUCCCCUUCCAGGCCGUGGUGAUCAUCUUCAAGCAGGUGACGAUGUCGAAGUGGUCCUUCCAGAAUUCCCGCAGGGUGAUGGUGGUGCAAUCAGUCACCUCGAAGCAUCGCCUGAAAAGCUCCUUGGUGUAGAGUUUCUUGAAAUUGGCGAUGACCUGCUGAUCCAUCGGCUGGAGCAGUGGCGUGGUGUUAGGCGGCAGGAACAUGAUGUUGAUGAAGCUGAACUCCUCCAACAAGUCCACCUCAAGGCCUUUAGGAUGAGCAGGAGCAUUGUCCAUCAGAAGCAAAGCCUUCAGCGGCAGGUCAUUGUCCAGCAGGUACUGUUUGACAGCAGGGCCAAAGGCAAGAUUGACCCAGUCCACAAACAGCACACGUGUGACCCAAGCCUUGCUGUUGGAUCGCCACAUGACACUCAGCCGCUCCUUGUCGACCUUGUGUUUCUUGAAGGCCCGUGGGUUCUCCGAGUGGUACACCAGCAGGGGCUUGAUCUUCAGGUCGCCGCUUGCGUUGGCACAGAAGAGCAGGGUCAGACGGUCCUUCAUGGGCUUGUGGCCAGGCAACUUGGCCUCCUCCUGAGUGAUGAAAGUCCUUUUGGGCAUCCUCUUCCAAAACAGCCCGGUCUCGUCGCAGUUGAAGACCUGCUGUGGAACGUAGCCCUCCGUCUUCACAACCUCCAGGAACUCCAAGGCAAAGUCUUCAGCCGCAGAAACAUCAGAACUGGCAGCCUCUCCAUGCCUGACCACGCUGUGGAUUCCGGAUCUUGCCUUGAACCGGUCAAACCAGCCUCUGCUUGCCUUGAAGACUUCUGGCUCGGCCGAGGUUCCUGGCUGUUCCCGGAUGAGGUCUGCGUGCAAGGCCUUGGCCUUCUCACAAAUCACGGCCUCAGUCACUGUGUCCCCUGCACGCUGCUUCUCUUCUAUCCAGAUGAGGAGCAACUUCUCGACCUCCUCCAGAACAGCUGGGCGGUUCUUCACGAUCCUGGUGACUCCCUUGGCUGCAUCAGUCGCAAGGAUCUUCUCCCUCAUCUUCAGGAUGGUCCCGAUGGUCGAUGGGUUCCUGCCGUACUCCCUGGCGAGGUCCGUCACACGCAUUCCAGCGUCGUGCUUCCGGAUGAUCUCCUUCUUCAUCUCCAGCGUCACCUUCUCCUUCUUCCUCUCGCCGGCCUCCGCAGCAGCAGCAGUCUUCUUGGGUCCCAUGGCAGCACAGCUGUUACCUUUGUAAAACUCAGAAAAGAAAAAAAAUCAGCAAUUCAAACCCACAACCAAGUCCUUGAAUUCCAAACACCCAACCCAAAAUCCAAAAACCCCAAAAAAGUUUUAAAAGUUUAACUUACGAAAUGGCUGCAAAUCACCAAAGUCUUCAAAAUCCUCAAAUGGCUGCAAAAGAAAUUUUGGGAAAGCUUUAAAAAUCACCAAAGUCUUCAAAAACCUCAACUGUUCCCCCAGCCCCUCCCCAACUGUUGCAAACCCCUCCCCAACUGUUGCAAACCCCUCCUCAACUGUUCCCCCAGCCACCCAGCACACAGAAAUUCAAAACCCAGAAACUUUUUCAAAAAAAAACAACAUGGCCCAAUGGUUACAGAAAACCAUAAAAAUUCAAAAAAAAGCACACAAGCUCCCAGAUUCUUGCAAACACCUCCCCAGCUGUUCCCCAUCCACCCAGCACACAGAAAUUCAAAAUUCAAAGCCAGAUUUUUUUUAAAAAAAUAAACAUGGCCCAAUGGUCACAGAAAAUCAUAAAAAUGCAGAAAAAAACCACACAAGCUCCCAGAUUCUUGCAAACCUCUCCCCAACACCAAGUCCUUGAAUUCUAAACACCCCAACCCAAAAUCCCAAAAACCCAAAAAAAGUUUUAAAAGUUCAACUUACCAAACAGCUGUAGAAGAAGUUUUGGAAAAGCUUCAAAAUCCAGCAAACUCUUUAAAAAGCUCAGAAAGGCCACCACACCGCGUGCAAUGUGUUGCUCCUCGAGGUCAAGUCGCAACUGCACCUCUUCAAGCAAUGCACCCUGGGUUUUAACGGUUUUACGAAAAGGAAACAAACUUGCAAGACGUUUGCGUCUUGCGAAGCAAGCCCAUAGGGACAUUCGUCUUGCGAAGCAACUCGAAAACGAAAAAACCUUUCGUCUUGCGAGUUUUUCGUUUUGCGAGGCGUUCGUCUUGCGGGGCACCACUGUAUACUAACUAAUUCUAUGUGUAGCAACUAGAGAGGACUAGUAUUGGCAUCCCCAUCACUGAAUUUCCAUUUCUAUAGGCCUUACUGUAGCAACUUUCAGGAGAGGCUGGUUCAGAGAGCUGCAGGCAUGCAUAUUUGGCCAUAGUGAAGAACAGGUGUGGCCAACCUUUGGGCUUCUGUACGUUUAAGGGUUGUGCAAAGGCAUGAAUUUUAGGAGAUGUAGAGGUGUCACAGUACUGCAAGUAUGGAAAACCUGCCCUGCCAUAAUUAUCUCUUCCUUAUUGUUAAAAGUAUUGGGAGUUCUAAAGAGGAACGGAAGCCAUUCCUGGCAGGGAAUCAGUGCAACUUUAGGCUUUACAGUGAGCUGGUGUGAAGCUCAAUUUCUAGAAGGAAAUGGGACUCAUUGAGGACAAGCUAUUGGCUCCUUCAUUUGAGUAUUGCUGAUAUCUUUUGUGGUGCAGAAGUAGAGUGGUAUCUGAUGGCUAAAAAUGUUGAUGCUUUUCUUUGGAAGUUACAUAUUCGGCAAGCUGAAAAUCCGAAAGCUACUUUGUUUCAUUGAUCUAAAACAUAGCAAGAUAACUUUGUGAUGGGGCAAAAAACUAAGUAGAGUUGCCAUAACGAAGUUGCCUUUUUAGUUGUACGUAAAAAUUAUUCUUGAAAGAAAAUAUAAAUGUGGAAAUACUUAGAAUUUAAAUGUUAACCACAGUUUUUGCAAAGAGUUAGGAUAGACAGCUACAUCAUUACAAGAUACAGUUGUACCUCAGAACUCGAACGUAAUCCGUUCCGGAAGACCAUUUGUCUUCUGAAACGUUCGAGUUCCGAGGCAUGGCUUCCGAUUGGCCAACAGAUAGGUUUUUGCACAGUGGAAGCAAUAUUCUGAGGAACGUUAAAAAACCGGAGCACUUCCAGGUUUUCGGCAUUUGGGAGCCAAAACAUUCGAGAACAGAACCGUUCGAGUUCCGAGGUACCACUGUGGUACAAGACUAGCCUGUGCUUUAAGAGGGCUUUUAAAACUCCUGUGUGCCAAGGAAGGCAUGAGAAGAAAAUACCAAGGUGAUCAUGUUGUCAUUUUAUCAUAAGCAAAAGUGCUACUGUUCUGAUGAGAAAGUCAAAGUUACACAAAAGCCAGCUGAAAGUCAACUUCUAGCCAGGCACCUAGCAGAAUGGUGUGUCAGAGCCAGAUCUUAGAGAGAAUAAUUUGUGUAGUCAAUGUCACCACUGAGAAAGCUGCACUCCUUGUGAGUGCCUGCUGAAUGGCACCCAGGGUAAGACUUCAUGUGUUGAACGGCAUCAUGUGGGUCACAUACAAAAGAAUGCUGUCUUUGAGAUACCCCAUUCACAAAUGAUUUAGGGCUUAAAGGUUAAAAUCAGUACUUUUAUGUUAAGCCCAGAACAAGCAAUCAGAUCACACAAAAUUAAAGUAACAUUCAUCAAUUGUUUUUCUGCCAGUCCAUCAACCAGUGAAAAAUGCUGCUGCCAGUUUAAUUUUCAGAACACUUAUUAAAAGCAACACCACACUGAGAGCAUGACAGUAGUCUAAAUAGGAGGUAACUAGUGAAUGAAUUACCAUGGUGAGAUUUAAUGGCUUGCCAUUUUUAUAUAUAUAGACCACUUUGGGCUUAGGAAAAGCACAGUCGCGUGCCAUGUGUUGCAAUGUGUACUUAAUGACUUGAUGUUCCUGGGUUUUUGAAAUGAUUGUGUAGUAAACAACUUGCUCUUGGUUCUUUUGAUAAGAUUUAGGGAAGACUAACUAGUGUCUAUUCUACUUUCAGAUAGCAGCUAAAAUUGGGGGGGACACAGCCACAACAGUGAACAACACGACACCUGACUUUGGAUUUGGUGGUCAGAAGAGACAACUGGAGGAUGGAGGUACGUGAGACUGACCCUAGUGGGACACAGUAAAUUAAACUCGCAAUACUUCAUGUAGAACUCUGGAUUCUUAGGAGUGUGAAGUACACACACACACACACACCCCUUGCUAAAGGUCAUGCAGUUGUGUUAGUAUGCCUGAAUAUGAAUGUGUUGUUGAUAUAGUUAUCAGAGCUCGUGAAGUUUCCAUAAUAUUCCUUCCAUGUACCUGACUGUUAGUUUUGAAAGCUUGAAGAAAGGAGAGACGGUCCUUUAAUUUUUGAAAGAGGUGACUAUUUAUUUUUAUUUUGACAGACCAGCCAGAGAGCAAGAAAAUGGCUCCCCAGCCAGAACGUAAGUAUACUUUAUUAUUAAAGACUUGUAGAAUAAUGUGUGUUAACUACGCGGAAAUUCUAUUCAUAUUUAUUUUCAUAUUGAUACUGAAAAGUGGGAGGACAUGUAAGCUAACUCUUUUGGUGGGGAGAGUUCUAUGGGAUUAGGAAGGUCAGCUUUGCAUUUUAAAAACAGGACCUUUUAAAAAACAGCCACAGCAGCAGACUGGGAAACCCAGUGACUGAUUUAUAGUUUACCUUCAAGAAUGUGGAUUCAUAACCAUACCCUUGCUUUGCUUUCCAGCCAUGCCACCACCCCCUCAGCUUGGACCGAUCCAUCCUCCUCCCAGGUAAAUUAGCUUUGUGCCUCUUUUUUUUCUCCCCACAUAGGCUUGAGCUGGAAAGGUUAAAUCAGUGCUAAAAGUAUUCAGCUUGUGAGUUCAGGUUGACUGCAAGGGGGCAGCAUUUCAGUACCCCCAAAGAGAAAAGGCUGCUUUUGUUGGGUGAGGUUGGCAUCCAGAUUUGUGAGUGAUGUCCCACUAAAAGACCAGUCACUCCCAAGCACUUGCGUCCCUUGGUAGGUAGUGAAAGGUUGUGCUGGUUGGCCAUUUCUUAGAUACUCACAUUCUUGUGUAGCUUCUGGUUUUGUAGCUAUAGUUUGUGAAGCCUGUGUCUGAGCCUUGUGGGCAGAUGCUGGGCUACUUAGUUUGCAGCAGCUUCUGCCAGGUUGCAUGGGUGCAUUUUGCACGGGUGCAUGGUGAUUUCCUCAGAGCGGUGCCUAAUUGCUCAGCCACCUUCCUGUCUGCCCUCCCAGGAGGAGGAGGAAAGCUCUCCGUUUUUGCUUCUUGAUGGAUGCUGGUAAACACCAGCUCCAUUUCUGUAACCCUCCCACUCCUUACUUUAAGCUGCCAAACUUUCCCUUGCAGGUCUACAGUGACUGAAGAGUACAGAGUACCUGAUGGCAUGGUGGGACUCAGUGAGUAUUAGACAGAGAGGGCAGAAAUCUGCUGUUGCCGUAGUUGAAAGACUGUCACUUUACCUUUACUAACCAGUGCCUUCUUGAUUUUUCAAUGCCUGUUGGCUGAGCUUUCCACAGGGAAGGCUCAGGCAGGCUGGUUUGUUUUGUGACCCUUCUGUGUGUCUUUCCUGAGAGAUGUCAAGUGUGUGAGUUGACCCUGUGUGCUUCAAGCUGUGUAUGGUACGUAGCUCCAAAGAUGUGGGGUGGGUGUUCUGCUCAAUAAAGUGCUCUGGCAAGCCUUCAGUUUAAUUAAAUUGGUAGGAGCUGGUUGCUGAGGACAACUUGAGGCUGGUGUCAUAUGAGCACUUUCCAUGUGUAGCAAGACUUUUGUGAGUUGAGCAGCAACACAGAUUUGCCCUGGACACUUCUGAGGCUCAGGAUGGGAGUGCUGCAGUGAAAAAGAGUUCCUUUUUUGGAUUGCUUUUGGCAUUUGCUUUGGAUUCAUCAACUUUCUGUGAGUGAUCCUGACUAAGGUAGAAGGCCCUGCAUUGGCCUUUACCAGAAGGAAUGGUGGCUGCAAAACACUGCCUGAAGCAGAGUUUUAUCUUAAGUAGGGAAGGAUUGGUUCUCAGAAGGCAUUUUUGUUUACAAGCCCUGGUUUUAAAUUGGCUUGGCAUUCAAGCUCUGAAGGGUAGCAGAGAAAUUGGUUGAAACUUGAGUGCUAAGGUUCUCAUUGACCUCUAGUUCUUGUAGGCUAUCAUACCUCUUGUGGCAUCAUGAGACCCUGGAGUUCUUUCUUUCAUGUUUGUGUGAACUUUGUUUAGGAGGAGCAGUUCUGUCAUCCUUCACUUAUAUGUCAUAUAAACAGUGAAACUUGAUUGGAUUAUGUCUCCACUUAGCUACUGUCCCUAAUGCACAUAUGCACACAACACUUCAUGGGGUUGUAUUUACUGUUAGAAGAUCCUUUUCAUCUCUUGUGGAGAGGAGAGAGGGAAACCUGUGUUGUCUUCAAGCCUCCCUCUUAGGAUAAUGACAACUGAUUUUAUCUCAGGCUAGAGUUUCUUAAUGCCCCUCUCCUUACUUUUGCAGUCAUAGGAAGAGGUGGGGAACAGAUCAACAAAAUACAGCAGGACUCUGGGUGCAAAGUACAGAUCUCUCCAGGUAGGUGUGAGAAUUGCAUGGGGUGUAACUUCCAGCAUAUGUAGCUGCAGAUGUUGGCUGUUCCUUCCGAAGCCUAUAAUCGUGGCAGCAAGUAGCUCAAUGGAUAUAAUUGUGGUAAAGAAUGUAGUUCAGGAGACAAAGUGUCUUCUGAAUAUGCUAAUACACUCUGCUAGAAAAUAGGAGGGAGGAAUCAUGUUGAGGCGGCAUGAAUACAGUAUUCUCACAAGGCAAAACGUAUUUUCUAGCUUGUGGUAAGUUAACUUUGUUUGAGUGGGGAACCAUUUCAGUUGCUAAGUUUACAGGUGUCUUCACCGUUUUCAGUCUUUGUACUAAUUCCUGUUGACUGAUCAGCAUUUUCAUUAUAGAGAAGUUGCCCUUAAUAAUGUUGUGCAUGUGUGUGAAAGACCUACUCUUUCAACGCCAGUUCCUUCAUACCCUGUGGAUGAUACAUGAGUUGGAGGAGGGAUCAAACUCUGAGGAAAUGUGUUGAUGUGGAGAGAUGUCUCCUGAUGGCCUUUAUUUCCUCCUACAGACAGUGGAGGAAUGCCAGAGCGAAGUGUGUCUCUGACAGGAUCACCAGAAUCUGUGCAGUGAGUAGCCUCUUGUCCUUUGUCAAGAUGUUACAGUAGUACCUCAGGUUCCAGACGUUUCAGGUUACAGACUCCGCUAAUGCAGAAAUAGUACCUCGGGUUAAGAACUUUGCUUCAGGAUGAGAACAGAAAUCGUGCUCCAGCGGCAGCAGGAAGCCCCAUUAGUUAAAGUGGUGCUUCAGGUUAAGAACAGUUUCAGGUUAAGAACAGACCUCCGGAACGAAUUACGGUAAAUACUUAACCCAAGGUACCACUGUAUUUCAAAAACAUAAGGGGGGGGGAGAGAGACAGGGUGUGCCAAAAGAAUCCAGCCGCCAGGUGGCAUAGUCAAGGACUGUGGCAGAGGAGCAGGGCAUGACAGUCAGGAAAACAAUUGGGCCUUCUUAGUAGCAAUACCCAAAUUGUGGCACUUCCCCCUGAAAGAAGUUGAAUUGGCCCCUUCUCUCAAGGUAAGGAGGGCAGCAAAGACUGUGCCUUUAAUCUGUUUUUGACCUCCAUCUGUGAUGGUGUAUUUUUAAACCAAUCCAGUUUUAUGCCUCUCUCUUGCUGCUGAUUUAACAGAUGUAUUUGCUUUUACCUCAUUGUUUUUAUUGUAUUUUUACUCUAGAAGCUGCCUUGUUGUCUCAAAAUAUGGUAGAAAAUUUCAAGAAUUAAAAAAAAACUUGGCAGUACUUUGUAUCUCAGCACACAAAAGCCAUUUCAUUGUGAUGGGCUUUUUAUGUUCCCUGUGGGGAAGCAUCUGAGCAUGUCUGGUUUGACUGACAUUGGUGGGUGGAGCUAAAAACUUGCUGAGAAUUGCAGUUGUGGCACCACUGUACCUGGCAGACAAGCAGGAUUUUUCCUGUUGGUGUUAUGAAUGACAUAACAUUGUAUAGACACAAAAUGCAAUGUCAUUAAAUCGGUCAUUACUAUCCAGAGCAAAUAUAAAGUGCUUGUAUUCGCAAAUUGAGCUGGUUAGGUUACCUGUUGUGUGAUGUUGUGGAAUCAGCACAACAGCAACACUGAACUACAGGUGAUUUGAGAACGAAGAACACUGCUGUGAGUUCCAUUUCAUGCUAUAGUACCUUCAUAAUGAAAGAAUAGAGGCUGUAAGCCCUGUCACUCACCAUCAUGUUGUUUGUCAUCCCACCUCUUUGCAGGAAGGCAAAAAUGAUGCUUGAUGAUAUCGUGUCUCGAGGACGUGGUGGGCCACCUGGUCAGUUCCACGAUAAUGCCAAUGGGCAGAAUGGUACAGUGCAGGAAAUCAUGAUCCCAGCUGGGAAAGCAGGCCUGGUGAUUGGCAAGGGAGGGGAGACCAUUAAGCAGUUGCAGGUGAGGGCUAUGCUGUGCUCCCAGCCAAAUUCCUUGCAUCAGAGCGGGUGCUUGCCCUCUUUUUACUUGCCUCCUUUCUUGCUUACAGCACUUGGUUUCUCUGGCCUCUUGGGGCAAGGAUGGUUUCUUGGACUGGAGCCUCCUGAAAUUCAAAUUGAUCUUAGUUUAAGUCUUGUCCAAGGAGGCAGGGCUUGCAAGAAUUCUGCACAGUUGUGUAACCCGCUUGACCUCUCGCUUUCUGCCAAUGUAGGAACGAGCUGGAGUGAAAAUGAUUUUAAUUCAAGACGGUUCACAAAACACAAAUGUAGACAAGCCCCUUCGGAUAAUUGGUGAUCCUUACAAAGUACAGGUAAGCAUUUUGAAUAAAAGCCAAAGAGGUGAAAUUUCUUGUUUCGCAAUAAGUUAAUUAACUUGUUUUUCUAUUUAGCGACAACGAUCAACAAUCUCUUUUGUUUUAGUAACAAAAAAAUCCCAAUGAAAUGUUGUGUUAAAGUUAUCAUUUGUCCGUUUGAGUAGUCAGUUGACCAUGGUGGUGGUGGUUUUUUUUAAGUAGUUAGAUACCCAACCAUACUCUCAUCAUUGUGAAAAUGGCUGCAUACUCACAGUUCAAACUCUUGCGCCGGUGGUUUCCUGCCAUGACUAUUGCAGCCUUCCUUUUAGACUUGCCUUGUUAUACUUUGGUCCCCUCACUCAUCCCCAAAACUCUGCUGCAAAAGUCAUUCACCUCUCUCCUUCAUACCACAUGAUGUGCCUUCUUGAAUCCCUGCUGUAGUUUCCCAUCAGCGUAUGAUGCUACCUUUAUACUGAGUUGCUAGUACAGCAUUAAACUGGGUUACUUGAACUGAGACUUUUAACUAGCUACUCCAAAGUUUGCUCUUGCUGCACUGCGCUGCAGUGAUAGUGACUAAACUGCCCAGCCUCAAAUCCAGGUAUUCACAAGUACAAAAAAGGACUUCUUCCUUGGCAGUUCUUGUGCCACAUCUACCUUGGGAGAAAUACUCUUGAGAGAGGUUCCCAAAUAAUUCCAACAUUAAUGUUCAUGCUUCUUUGCAGCAAGCCUGUGAAAUGGUAAUGGACAUCUUACGAGAACGGGACCAGGGAGGCUUUGGUGACCGAAAUGAAUACGGUUCCAGGAUUGGUGGAGGAAUAGAUGUAAGGACAUUGGCUUGGAUUUGUUGGGACAGGGGGGCAUAAUUUAUAGUAUGACAUGUUGUGCUCAUCUCUCUCCCCCCCCCCCUCCCCGUGUCUCUGUAUUGAUACUCACACUUGUCCAGUCCUAACAUUUCUUAGAAAUUGGAACUGCUCUUACCUGACCUUGGUUCUGCUUGCCAUUUUCUUGCUUGCUCAGGUUCCUGUGCCCAGGCAUUCUGUUGGUGUGGUUAUUGGGCGUAGUGGUGAGAUGAUUAAGAAAAUACAAAAUGACGCUGGAGUUCGGAUACAGUUCAAGCAAGGUCAGAAGACUAAAUCUCUUCCCUGUCAUGAUCUGUCUUCAUACAGCAUGCUGAAACAUCAGGCCUAUUCAAUGUUCUCUGGCUUUUCUCCCUAUACUAUUUAUCACCUAUUUAUCUGAUCUUUUACCUGCUCUCCACAAGUUUUUAUCCCUGUUGUAAUUACGUUCUACAAAACGCUUUUGAAAAUCACAAAGUGAAAUCUUUUCCCAGAGAGAUCCCAGAUUUAAGGGUUUACACAAUCAAAGAUCCAUACGGGCUUGGUGUAUUCAAAUCUUGGCAUGGCUUGUAGUACCCAUUUCCUGAAGGGCAGUGUUGCCUGUUUUGUGUGUCUGGGUUCUCUAGGCUUCUUUGUGUGAACUGUGUGUGUUCUCCUUCCACAGAACUGGAGUGGCAUAUUGCUGCAGAGGGGAGAAGGUAUUAAGGAAGCUAAAUGGACGUUUGUCUCUCUCUUUUGAGAGCUUAUGCUGUUGCUGCACCAAGUGGCUCAUGAGCUAGUGGACUGGUUCUGAAACUAAUUGAAUGUGGAACCUAAUGAAGUUCCCUGUUUGGUUUGCAUUUUAGAUGAUGGGACAGGUCCUGAGAAGAUUGCCCAUAUCAUGGGUCCCCCUGACAGAUGUGAGCAUGCCGCCAGGAUUAUCAAUGAGCUUCUCCAGAGUCUCCGGGUAUGAAAUGCUGUUACCUUGACCCUCAAAGCCUUGGUCCAGCAUGUCAAGUAGUUUCAAAAUCUUUUCAGUCAUGUUUUGCUAAUAAGGUGCUAGAGCUCCUCAAUAUCAUCCCACUGAGAACUUGACUCUGCUUGUCUUACCAGCCCAAGGUAGAAAUCGCUCCGAAAAAGUAGAUGUUGCUAUUUCUCUUCAGCAGACUUUCACGCUCUACCUUCAGGGGAGCCCUUUCCAUGUUGACUUAAUUGUCAAGGAUCCCCAGCAUGUUGCACACAUUAUUCUCGGGCAUGUUGGUGGUGGCGGGUGUAGUGGUAGCCAGGCCACACUGAAGCCGAGUGCAUCCCAAAAUGCAUUCAAAGCAUCUCUGUAGCUUCACUUUGCAGUGAAAAACUGUUGAUGGUGGGCAAAGUGUCCUUCAAGGAAGUGUGCCAUGAAUGGCCUUCUCAUUCAGGAACCCCUGAUGAACUUUGGCAGCAGCCAAGGGCUCCCUAUAUAGUUUGGAGGCCACUGCUGUGUGGCAUGUGCAGAGUCAGCAUUACCCACUAACCACAGAAUGUUUCCUUUUCCCAUGAAGAUGAAUUGUGUUCCUGUCUUGCAGAGUGGCCCCCCAGGUCCCCCAGGCUCAGGAAUGCCUCCUGGAGGCAGAGGCAGAGGCAGGGGGCAGGGUAAUUGGGGGCCCCCUGGAGGAGAGAUGACAUUCUCUAUCCCCACUCACAAGUGUGGACUGGUUAUUGGCAGAGGUAAGUGAGGUGGAAGAAUAAUAAUAAGAAGAAUAUUUAUACCCCGCUCAUCUGGCUGGGUUUUCCCAGCCACUCUGGGCAGCAUCAAACAUUAAAAAUUGAGCUAAACAGGGCUGCCUUCAGAUGUCUUCUAAAAGUCAGAUAGUUGUUUAUUCCCUUGACAUCUGAUGGGAGGGCGUUCCACAGGGCGGGCGCCACUACCGAGAAGGCCCUCUGCCUGGUUCCCUGUAACCUCCCUUCUUGCAGUGAGGGAACCACCAGAAGGCCCUCAGAGUUGGACCUCAGUGUCCAGGUUGAACGAUGGGGGUGGAGACGCUCCGUCAAGUCCUGAGGUGUUACCUCCACGUUCUCUUUUCAGGUGGAGAAAAUGUAAAGGCUAUCAAUCAGCAGACGGGAGCCUUUGUAGAAAUAUCUCGGCAGCUACCGCCCAAUGGAGACCCCAACUUCAAACUGUUCAUCAUCCGGGGAUCACCUCAACAAAUUGACCAUGCCAAGCAGCUCAUUGAAGAGAAGAUUGAGGUAUUUGCCUGCCCUUCACUGUGUGGCAGGCCUCCCAGAUGGGAGCGAGCCGGGAAUGUUAGUGACUGUGUUCUGGAUGUGGCGGUUUCCACUUCAGGGAUUAUUCAUCUCUUCCUUAGGGUCCCCUCUGUCCAGUUGGACCAGGACCUGGGACUGGUGGACCUCCUGGACCGGCUCCAAUGGGCCCCUUCAACCCAGGGCCUUUUAAUCAAGGGCCACCUAGUGCCCCCCCUCAGUAAGUACUAAGACUGCUCGAGUGUGCCUCCCUUUCGGGCCAUUUUGCCUUUGACACCCCUUUCAAUCUUCCCAGAGAUUAAAAUCUACACUCGCUGUCUUGGAGAGACGCUUGUGUACUACUCAGUGUGAUGUGCCCAAAAGUUGUUGGGGAAAUGCUGAGCCGAGACUGAAUGUCUCUGAAGGUCCCCACCCCAAUUUGGGGAUUUUUCGAGGUUUAUGCAAAUGGUGAAAAAAUGUUGCCUUCAAGACACACUGCAGUACACUGUCACUUUCUUGACCAAACACUUAAUAAGAGAGGGGGCAUGGAUCCACAUAGUUUAUGCAGAAAUAAGUUUUUCACAUAGGGGUUUGGCUUUGGGCGUGUUCCUUGCGGCUGCUACCCUCAUUGGCAUCUUUCACCUUGAACUGGAAAACCAUGUGACAGUGUAGCACAGCACUUAGCAGGGCAUCUGGUACCAAGAAAGUGGUACUAGGGCAAUCUGGUAGGGAAACAAAACCACUUGCAGAGUUAGAGGGCUCUGCUGUUGGUGCUGUUACAGGAGUAAAACUUGUGCUUCCAAAAGCUAAUAUAUCAGAUGAGACUUGCUUCUUCUUUGGGAAGUUAGAAUAGACCCUCUCUCGGCCAUUGGCAGGUGCUCACUGUGAUGCUUUGCCCCUUGAUAAGAUUUGGUCUUAAUGCAGUGCAGCUCCCUUGUAUACCUAUUUCAUAAAGGAGAUUGGGCUGGAUCUGGGAUGUCUUGCUACAGAGAUUGGGAACCUGUCACCCUGCGCUUUGCGUCAUCACUGGCCAUGCUGGCUGGCGCUGAUGAGCAUUGGAGUACAGCAACACCUUCCCUCUCCCUGCCUUAUUAUCUGUAAAAAAAAGAAGGCGCUCCAGUUUCCCUGUGCAGUUGCUUUUGGGGGAAUUCAAUGUUGCACUGUGUUGAACGUACAACAGGGCUUCUGCUGUCAAGACUCACUAGGUGAAUCCCACCCUUUGUAUUCUCCAGUGACUUCCUGGAGCAAUUUGAUUUGCUGCUUGGCAGGUUCCAGAUUUCUGAAUCCUGAGCCUAGAGGGUUGCUUAGUGUAAAUAUUACCUUUUCCCUCCUCUUAUUUCAGUCCUGGAGGGCCACCACCUCCACAGUACCCACCUCAAGGCUGGGGGAAUGCCUAUCCACAGUGGCAGCCUCCUGCUCCUCAUGACCCAAGUAAGUAUUUGUAUACCAGCCCUCAAGAGUCAAUUGUCAGAAUAUACAAUGCAGUGGUACCUCGGUUUUCAAGCAUCUCGGAAGCCGAACAUUUCAGGUUUUCAAACGCCGAAAACCCGGAAGUAAAUGCUUCCAUUUUUGAACACCUCGGAAGUCAAACAGCUUCCGCUGCAUGCCCCCCCCAAUUGACUUUACAGUCUGCCCUUAGCACCUCGGUUGUCAAAAGUUUCAGAAGUCAAACGGUCUUCUGGGAUGGAUUACGUUCGACAACCAAGGUACCACUGUACUGUUGCACAUUCAAGGUUCAGCAGGGGGAUGAGGGAGAGUGGCUGGAAGCAUUCAAGUUUUUUGUGGUGUCUCCUGCCCAGGUAAAGCGGCGGCAGCAGCAGACCCCAACGCUGCCUGGGCAGCUUAUUACUCGCACUACUACCAGCAGCCCCCGGGCCCAGUUCCAGGAGCACCGCCUGCCCCCACGGCGCCACCAGUGCAAGGAGAGCCCCCCCAACCGCCCCCCACCGGACAGUCAGACUACACUAAAGCAUGGGAGGAGUAUUACAAAAAACUAGGUAAUUGACUAUCCAGAUCCUUAACCUCUUUUGAUAGGAGUACAGUGGUGCCCCGCAAGACGAAUGCCUCGCAAGACGAAAAACUCGCUAGACGAAAGGGUUUUUGGUUUUUUGAGCUGCUUCGCAAGACGAUUUUCCCUAUGGGCUUGCUUCGCAAGACGGAAAUGUCUUGCAAGUUUGUUUCCUUUUUCUUAACACCGUUAAUACAGUUGCGACUUGACUCCGAGGAGCAACUCAUAGAACGUGGUGUGGUAGCCUUUUUUGAGGUUUUUAAAGACUUUGGUGAUUUUUGAAGCUUUUCCAAAACUUUCCCGACACCGUGCUUCGCAAGACGAAAGAAAUCGCAAGAUGACAAAACUCGCGGAACGAAUUAAUUUCGUCUUGCGAGGCACCACUGUAAUUUAAUGGUAUUAUUACAAGGGCUGCAGAAAGCAACUUGAUUGAGAAACUACGCUGAAUAACUUCCUUCCAGUCUCCCCUGACGAAUAAAUAACGUACUGACUCAAAAUGCUUCAGCAUUUGUUUUCUGUUCCUGUUAAACUAUUUCUGCAUCUUGAUUUGUGAACGUCAUGGGGGUUUGUGCCUCUUAGGGAUGGCCCAUUCAAAUCCAGGAAUGAAUGACUGACUUAAUUGGAAGGCCCUCUUAGGUUGAUUCCUCAAGCCAGUACAAGUUUUGCCAGCUGCUACUUAAUUUCGAGAUUUUUGACCACGAACAAACAAAAUUUAGGCAAAUUAUGGUUAGGUUAAGUCAGCAUGGCAACACUAUCAACAGCAGUACCAUUUGAGGACCAUUUUUCAAAGCAAGUUUGCUUUGUUCUUUGUAAUGGUUCCCUAUGGGGAAUUUUUCAUCUUGGUAUUUAGCUUGAAUCUCUUAAAUCUACUGCAGGGAAGAAAGAGCUGAAGCCUUUGAGAUGCUGAGAGUCACAAGGCAGUUUAGCUGCGGGUUCUUCCACUCUUCUGACUUAGGAGUCUUGUCAAUGGACUUUCUUCUGUUUUGGGGGUGGGAUUGUUAUGGGUCAGGGGUCUAUGAAUGUGCUCCCUAAGGUAAUCAUACCUCCCACUUCUGGAGAGAAUGACAAGCUCUACACUGUACUUCAGAAGUGCUCCAUACUCCUCUAAAGUUCAGCACGUUGUGAGCCAAGACAUUGCUUCUCCCUCAUUGGUCCUAGUGACUGCUCUUAGUAGUCUGUGUCAUUGUAAAUCUUACAGUCUGAAUCCUAUAAGUGAGGUGGAUCUUGAGUAGUUGAAAGCUUUGCAUGACCAGGGUCCUGUUGUCGUUUGACACUGCCUACAGGCCAGCAGCCCCAGCAGCCUGGAGCUCCACCACAGCAGGACUACACAAAAGCCUGGGAAGAGUAUUAUAAGAAGCAAGGUGAGUUAAGGGUCUGAGAUUCCUUGGAGGAUAUGUCCUAUAGCACUUCUGUCAGGCUGGGUUUGGAGUUACCUCCCUGAAGUGUCAUUUAUCCGGGAGUAAGUCUCACUGAGCCGAGUGGGGCUUGCUUCUAAGCCGGCAUGCCUAGGAUUGCACAGUUAGUCCCUCUUUUCUUUUUGGAAGCAGCUCAAGUAGCUACUGGGGCAGGGCCAACGGCACCACCAGGACCUCAACCAGACUACAGUGCAGCCUGGGCAGAAUACUACAGACAACAAGCUGCGUACUAUGGACAGACGCCUGGCGCUGGUGGCCCAGUGCCACCACCCACACAGCAGGGACAGCAGGUGAGUUGCAGAACCACAGCCAGCGUGGCCUUUCUGCUUCAGAACAGGUAUCUGGCUCCAGACUGGGCUCCACACACUUUCUACAAACUCCUGUGAGACAUUUUGAGAUGUAAUCCUUUUUUAAGUUUGGGGUGGCUAGUUUAUGUCAGUUCUUCCCUCCUGUCCAAACCAGCAGCCCGCCACGCCUUUUUAAGGUCUAAUCCUAGAGGCUUUUCAGAGAAGAAGUUGAAAUGCCUCAAAAUAUUUUUCUUAAAUCUGGAGUAAGAGAUCCAGGUUUGUUUGCUUUUUUCAUCCCAAUAGCAGAAGCAGUGUCAGCUUGGGAAGUAUUAUUGCCAGUUCAAAGAGGGGCUAGAGUAUUCCAGAUGAACAAGCCUCCAAAAUCCUUGCCUUCAAAUACGUGAAGUGAAACGUGCUAGCACCACCCACAUCUAAGAGUUUUCUGCUCCAUAAUUAACAGCAGCAGUAUCUGUCCACCUUCCUGGCUUCAUUUUUGAUUCCAAACAUUGAUUUCUUCAACCCCAGUAUCAAAAGACUAAGCCAUAUUUCUUCAGUCAAAAGUCCUACAAAACUUCCUUCAGUCAAACACUUUCAGACUGGGUUCACUCCAGGUCAGACACCAAAAAAAGGAUGGUUCUCAUGUAGCUGCCUCCAAGUUAAGACUAGCAUGCAAGCUAUAUGCUUGCGAGCAACAUCAGGGUGCAUCUGAGGUUAACCCUGAUCCAUUUGAGAGCCCAGGCUCUAUUGUCAACUAAUAAGGCACCCUUACAUGCUGCUCUAGUUUUUAAUGCCAAAGUUCCAACAAACAAACAAGGUACAAUAAGUUGGUGAACAGAAAUAAUGUACAAAUAAACCCUCUUUUCCUAAUGGGGAGGAUCUCUGUUUGGGAGCGGAUGACCAGGAGCCUCCUGGUGAGUAUUGUGUUAAGUUUUUAGUACAAGGUGUUGUAAAAUACUGUCUGAGCUUUAAGGGACUAGGAUUGGGGACACAGAAAUGAUGCACGUUUUGGGGAGAAUUUAAGAAAAUCUAAUGAACACAUGUGGAACAUGAGCCAUAUCUACAAGUUGAGCGUUGAGCAAUCUCCAGCCCAUGAUGCGCUUUAGUCUUUCUUUGAAACCCCUGAUUCCAUCUGGUAUGAGUGAGAAAAGCAUACGCUGAACACAUGCAGCCUGAAUUACAUGUUAAGCAAAGUUAGCUGUGUUGACUUCAUAAAGGUAAUUCUGUUCCUGCUAGUCAUUGGUAGAGAGACAAGGAGCAUUUGCCACCAUAAAAUCUAGAAACCUGUAGUUAUAACCAAGGAGAACUUGUGGGGACACUUCAUUUUGUGUCUGACAUGUCUCCAGGAGUCUAGUUCCCAAACAGGUAUCCUCCCAACUAGCAAAAGAGAACUGGUUUGUUGAAUAUUUCUGUUCACCAACCCCCUUGACCUCAAACUCUCUGUGCAGCGUGAUUAUGGAAUCCAGAGCACAGAGUCCCUGAUAAGCUUCGUCUAGCUGUUCCUUUAGUGACUGGCACUUCUCCAAAAGCAGGGAGACAGUUUUCUCAGUGGCUGGACAAAUGAGUUUAUACAAAUGAAAUAUGAUUGUGGGGUUUGUACAGGUCUUAGUAGAUCAAGUAUUUGAGCUUUUACAGAGCACACCAAGUAAUAGAGCAUGCAGCCAUCUGUAUGACUGGGCAGGUUCAUGGGUGGAGAUGAACACAGAGCACAUCCAGGGCAGUGAAGUUUAAUUUAGGUUCCAGGUUGUCAGAGUUACAACACCUGCUACCAUUAGGACCAGAGGAUUGUAAAACUGGAAACAGGGUUCUGGGAUAGGAAAAAGUUGCGCACUACUAAUAGUCCAAAAAUAGGUAAGGGUAUACACAUUAAGCAGAUACUGUCGCCUUUUCUGUGUGCUAUGUUUUUGUUUCUGCUAUUGUAUAACAAAUACUAAAUAAAAUUCAAGUUUUUAAAAAGGCAGCAACUGCGUUCCAGAUAGCCAAAUUCCGUACCUGAGUCCAUGGAAUACACAUCCUUGCGGUUGCCCCUCUUGCUUCCUGCUUCAAGCUUCAGUAACAGGUUCCCAUCAUGUUUUUCUCCUUUCAACAGGCUCAGUGAGUUGAAUGUGAACCUCCCCAUCUCUGAGAACCUUUUGUUUUGGAAAGAGGUGGCUGCUGCAGGAAGUGACAGGGUGGGAAGGGAGCUGGCCUGUUGCUCUGAUUGCUGGGUUUCUCCUGGGAAUCUCAGCUACGCCGCCUUCAAGUCUCUCUUAAAAUAAAUCCAGAUCUCCAAACCCCUAAUGUUGAGCCAGCAGCUGUAGAAGAUAGCCGACUAAAACCGCCGCCGCCAGACCCUAUCCUGCCUGACACACACCUCAGUUUUCAGGGUAACACUUCCUCUUUUCUUUCUGUUUCGUUUUAAAAAAUAAACUUUACAAGGAAAAGUCACUCUGCUUUUUAGUUAGAGUUGGAACAUUCCUCGGACAAAGGUGUUGGUGUUUCAGAGAAACCCUGCCCCGGCCCUCCAUUUCUCCACUGCUGGGACUGAUCUGUCGUGUUUUUUGUCUGUUCAAGAGGAGAUUGAAACAAGAAAUUGUAUGCUCAAUUUUUACUUUUUACCGCUCGUUUUUAACUUCACAAAUAAAUGAUAACAAAACAUCCCCCCGUGUCUGCUGGGUGGUGUCUGUUUUUCUCUCUCUGUCCAUAGGGUUUUUUGAAGCUGAUGUUUGUUCACAAUAUAGCUGUUGUAAAAGCCUGAUAAUGGUCAUGAAUUAAGAGCUUCCUGUGUUUUUAUAGUUUGAGCAGGCAUUUGUGCAUUUUUGUUGAAUAAAAUGCUUUUUUGUUUUAAAGUC